AUGAGUGAAUGCCAGAUACUUAAUGUAUGGAAGGACAAUCUUCGUAGUGAGAUGAGAAGGAUAUCUCAGCUGGUAAACACAUAUAAUUAUAUAAGUAUGGACACUGAGUUUCCGGGUGUUGUCGCCAAGCCUAUUGGAAGCUUCAAGUCACCCUCUUCAUUUGCAUAUCAACAGCUAAGAUGUAAUGUGGACAUACUGAACAUCAUCCAGCUAGGGAUAUCUCUGAGUGAUAGCCAAGGCAACAGGCCAUGCCCCAUAAGCACAUGGCAGUUCAACUUUGCGUUUAGUCUUGAGACAGAUAUGUAUGCACAGGAGUCGAUCGAUCUUCUCAUCCAGGCAAGAAUAGACUUUAAGGAGCAUGAGAGAAGAGGAAUCAAGGUGGAAGAGUUUGGAGAGGUGCUGAUGACUUCUGGACUUGUCAUGUCUCCGGAUGUUAUAUGGGUCUCUUUCCAUUCAGCCUAUGACUUUGGAUAUCUUAUAAAGAUUCUGACUUGCAAUCCUCUUCCAGAGAGAGAAGAAGACUUCUAUAGAUUCCUUGCAGCCCUGUUCCCAGACUUCUAUGACAUAAAGUUCCUAGUGCAGAACAGCAAAUAUCUGAAGAAAGGGCUACAGGAGAUAUCCAAUGACCUUGGGCUUGUGCGGGAUGGAAUCCAGCACCAGGCAGGAAGUGAUGCACUUCUAACAUCUCAUGCAUUUUUCAAAACUAGAGAGGUUCUUUUCAACAAAAACAUCGGAAAAGAGCUUAUGUGUAAACUGUAUGGUAUUGAAGUCAAGGAGUCCUCAUGA